UGUCUAUGAAUAAAGCGAUGUGCAUCUUAUCAAUACCUAAAAUAAAAGAACGGAAUAUUUAACUUCUCUUUUUUAAAAAAAAAUUUAGCAGUAUCAACUUUCUCAAAGUCCAAUUUGGAUUGAACAGGUGAUCAAAAAACAGAGUUAGCCAUGGGAAUUUUAGACCUUCACUUAUCACCUAAACCACUUCCAAUCUUCUUUUUCCCUUCCACGCCCAACCUCCUCUCACCAAUCUUCCCCUUCUCUAAACCAAAAUUUAACCAGCGCCACUGCAGAAACCUAAUCCCUAAACUACCCUUAUCGUCAUUUAGAAACGGUAGCAACACACCAUCUGAAACAGAGUGCCCUGUCCCACUAGAACAACAGCCCAUAAACGAGUACCAGAGUCUCUCCACCUCCUUCCCAUUUUCUUGGCCUGCUAGUAACAUUGUUGAGUAUUGCUCUCGUUUGUUCGUUACUGGCGCUUCUUUUGCACUAUUUAUCGGAUUACCUGUUGCUUGGUUUGGUUCUGUUAGGCCAGAAUCUGAGCCAUUUAAACCAAUUAUUGCAGCUGCUUCAAGUGGGAUUCUUCUUGUUAGUCUUGCUGUUGUGAGAAUGUAUCUGGGUUGGGCUUAUGUUGGUAAUCGAUUGCUCAGUGCCACUGUUGAAUACGAAGAGACUGGAUGGUAUGAUGGUCAGAUAUGGGUGAAGACAGCUGAAGUUUUGGCACGAGAUCGACUUCUUGGUUCGUUUUCAGUUAAGCCUGUACUGAGCAGAUUAAAGUACACUCUUCUAACUCUUGCAACCUUAUUACUUGGAUGUGUUGUUCUCUUCAUCAAUAUUGAAGGAGCACAAAAGGGCGUAUAUGUAACAUCUGAAGCAACUAGAGAUAGAACUAUACCUGGAGUUUACAACGAUGAUUCAGCCAGAUCAUUUGAGCCAGAUGCAUUCUGCGGUUUACAGGUGGCCUGCGGCCAUAUCUUGCAUACUGUAAGAUAUUCUUCCAUAUGGUGGAAGAAUAUUGUGAACAUAUUGACAAGUGAAAUAGCAUUGAAAUUUACUCACCUCUCUCUUGUUUGUCUUCACGUCAUAGAUGCUUUGUCAUGGGUUGCCAUUCAAUAGAGUGGGCUACCUGGAUUCAGGUUAUGUGUCUUGAUUUUGGAGAAAAUGUUAAAUAAACUCAGUUUACCAAGUCAUCUAUAGGUAAAUUGAAUUAAAUAUUGAUAUGUCAUAAGUGAUGUAUUUGUAUUGAUUGGUUAAUACAAAUGUAAUAACUAACAGAUGAUACCACAUAUGUUGUUGCACAA